AUGGAGGGACAUAAAAACAUAUACAGUGAUAUUUUGGUGUCACCCCUUGUGAGGGUGUCACCCGGUGCGAAUGAUUUCAGCAGUAAAAAAUGUUUACAAGAAUUUGCCGCCGGUAGCACAAGAACAGGGAAGAAGCUAAAUAUAGAUUGGAAAACUGAAAAACCCAUUGACAAUUUGGUGCUAAAAAAUUUUGCUUCCAAGCUUCCUGACCUUGAGAAGAAGCAACAGUACAUUUCCGGUGGAGUCGGCCCCUUAUUUUCGAGAAGACAAACUAAAGAUGAAGAAACAUUUUCUGACAGCCUACCGAUUCACAUAUCACAUGCAAUGGAUGUGAUGCGUUGGUUCACGUGUAUUCGCCAGACUGUCGGACAAAAAGAAUUGGUAAAAGAUAUGUUUUACGAAUGCCUUUAUAUCAGCUUUCAGAAAAUACAUAAAAAUGACAAAAUUGUAGUUUUUGGCAAUUUCAACCCAAGGGCCCAAAACCCUGCUCAUCCGGUUAAGUCAAAAAAUGGUCUUGCAGUGAUUAGAGACCUUGAGGGAAUUGUGUCACGCUGGGCCAAGCAAUUUAAGGAUUUGUUGAACUGUGUCAACCUUGUGAACCCGACGUUUAUAGAAGCCCUUCAAAAACUUCCGACGGUUGCUGAGCUUGAUAACCCUCGUGCAUUGAUGAGGUUCUGUAGGCCGCCAAGAAAAUAA